AUGGUGGAGUGGUGGCGGUUGAGAACGUGGACAACGACGGUUCUGGAGACGAGUCUGAUGACGGAUUGCGAGAACGGAGAUGGAGCGCCCAACACGACCGACGAACCCUUCCGCUUCAACGACCUGCCGACCGAAAUCCGCUACGCCGUCUACCGCAUCUACCUCAAGCGCGACCACCACAUCAUCAUCCGCAACAAGCACGUCCGCAGCAAGACCGUCUACAUCCGCCACAUCGAAGACGUAACCACCACGCACCCGCAAGCCAGUCGCGCUUUCCAGGCCGCCGCGCCCCUCACGCCCGUCAUCCUGCGCGUGUCGAAGAAGAUCUACGAAGAGGCGCGCGCGAUCCUGUACGGCGAGAACAAAGUCCACCUUGACGUCUUCGGCUCCAUCGACGUGCUUGCGCGCAUUCACCAGCGCAGCCGUCGCCUCAUCACGAACGUGGAGCUCGAGAUUCCCACUACUGACGUCGACGUUCUCGACCGCUUCGCGAAAGUCGUACGCUUGUCGCUGCGCUACUUUGCUGGGUUGAAGAAGCUCGUCAUCUACUUGCCUGUUCAAAACCCUAAGCAACACAAUGGGAACGCGCUGCAGUGCACGCUUGGUACGGCGCCCAUCUGGGAGAGCAUGCGCUGGUUGCCGGAGGGGUGUGUGGUGUACCUCGAGGGCCAGUCUGGUCCGAAGCUGGAAUGGGUGCUGCAGAAGUAUGUGAAAUUGGGGAACCCGCAAUAUGUGGGCUACCCGGCCAAAGGCGAUGCGGUGCGCUUCAAGUACACCCUUCCUAUCUCCCGCUGA